GUUGGUUGCGGUGUGAGGGGCUAUACCGGGAAGAUGGACGAGUUCCAGUCGGGGGAGGAGACUUCCUUUGUUGUUGAUGAAGUCAGCAUCAUCAUUAAAGAGGCCAUAGAAAGCGCCAUAGGUGGCAAUGCCUACCAGCACAGCAGAGUGAACCAGUGGACAACAAGUGUGGUGGAGCAAACACUGAGCCAACUCACAAAGCUGGGGAAGCCUUUCAAGUACAUUGUGACCUGUGUGAUUAUGCAAAAAAAUGGUGCUGGACUACACUCAGCAAGCUCUUGCUUCUGGGACAACUCCAGUGAUGGAGCCUGCACUGUGAGAUGGGAGAACAAGACCAUGUACUGUAUUGUCAGUGCCUUUGGACUUGCAAUAUAAUUGCCUUGGAAUUGUUUGUCCUUCUCUUUUUCUACUCCAGCACUUGAUUCCAUCUCUGCCUAAACUGUGAAUACACUGAACGACUUCUGUUUUUAAUGUACUUUUUAAGUAACUUUUUUCAGAUGUAGAAAUGUGAAAACAUGCUGUUACAUGGUUUAUGUUUGUACUUAGUAUCAGUGUUGCCAUACUGUCUUAAUACUUCAAGAACUUCUCUUCAAGGUGCUAAUACUGAAAUCUGCUGCAGUGUAAACACUUCCUCUACAUUUCUUUAAGACAAAUAUUGGUGAGCACCGACUUUCACACUUUGUACUUUUGGUUAGCAUUAAAUUAUUGAAAUUCAUAA